AUGAUAAAGUUUCAAAGUUUUUCAGCUCAAGAUAUUCAAAAAUUACUUGAUAAAAGCCGUAAAUCAGAAGAAGAACCUUUAAUGGAGCUUAUUAUGUACACAUGUUACGUUAAGGAGCAGAAGAUUGUGUGUAAACCCGUUCAUCGGUUGUUUAAAGUAUCUAACAAGAAAAAUGUUAUUGAAGUUACAGGCUUGAAAAUAUGA